AUUAACACAAAAGCAAUGGAAAAAUAAAGUCAUUCGUAAUUGAUGAUACUAGAAUGAAUUGUACAGCGCAAGAAGAUGCCCUCUUCGGUCCGGCCGUGGGCAUCGCUUGUCGCGGUGGCUUCGACUUCACCCUCCUAUUUGAACAGUCUAUUCUGACUAUCCCUUUGGCUGGAAUAUGCUCGUUCGCAUUUUUAGCCCGACUCGGAUACCUGUCGAAGAAGGAGCCUGUCGCUUCCGGAGGCUUAAUUCGACUAGCAAAAUUGAUCGUUGCUGCUAUUUUGCUCGGGGUCCAGGCUUUAUUGGCCGCACUCUGGCAUUCCGAUGGCGAUUUGAAAACGGGCGUUUCUAUUGCUGCGGCCUCCAUCAAUUUGGUUGUCGCGUUCUUGGUGUUAACACUUUCAUGGCUUGAAGAUUCGCGCUCUGUACGACCAUCAAGCGUGCUGAGCGCCUACCUUUUCUUCUCGGUAUUACUGGAUCUUCCGCAGGCCAGAACGUUAUGGCUGAAAGGAUCGAACACUGAAAUAGCAAGUUUGUUCUCUACGAGCCUGGCAACUAAAGUAGUGCUCUUGGUACUUGAAGCGCAAACCAAGAAAAAUCGCUUGAAAUGGACCUUGAAAGAUUUACCGCCUGAGUCGACAAGCGGCAUCAUCAAUCGCAGUUUUCUUUGGUGGGUGAAUUCGGUCUUUCGCAGCGGCUUCAGCGCUGUACUUGCGGUCGAAGAUCUUUACGACAUUGACGAGCCACUCACCUCAAAAGUUCUAUUUGAAGCGAUCAGCAAAUCAUGGGCUUCUCGAAAAAUUCCGGAGCGACGCCUUGAAUACCCUUUAGCCGUCAUCCGCGCAUUCUGGAUUCCUCUCAUGCUCACAGCCAUACCGCGUCUUUUUCUCAUCGCCUUCACUUUCUCCCAGCCUUUUCUCAUCUCGCGCAUGCUGGAACUACUGAGUGGGCCUGAUAGCGAAACUUCGCGCCAGCAAGGCUACGGCCUCAUCGGGGCCGUAGCGCUUGUAUACUUCGGCCUUGCGUUUCUCACACUACAUUACAACCACAAUCUGAACCGCUUCUUAACAAUGUUCCGCGGCGCAACAGACGCGCUGAUAUACGAGCGAGUAUUGCAUAUUCAGUCUAGGAUACACGAUGAGACAGCAGCAGUGACACUCAUGAGCACGGACGUAGACCUCGUGGUCUUUUCACUUGAGAGCUUGAAUGAGGUUUGGGCACGAGUGAUCGAAGUAGCAGUCGGAGUCACACUCCUUGCGCUCCAACUAGGAUGGGUCUGCGUUGUACCUAUUAUCGUUGUGAUGAUUUCAAGUUUUGGGGCAAAACAUAUCUCUAAACAUAUAGGAGGACGACAGAAGGUGUGGGUGGACGCGGUACAGAAGAGAAUCUUUAUAACCGCUGGCGUUCUAUCCGAGAUCAAGGCAGUCAAAAUGAUGGGUCUAAGCGACGUACUGACAAAGAAACUUCAAGAACACCGAGUCGAUGAAACGCACCGAAUGGCUGGGUUUCGAUGGAGCGUGGUAUACAAGAACGUGGUGCAAAAUUUCCCAGACGCGAUAGCACCGGCAUUGACCUUCGCUGCAUACACCGUUCAAGCUGUUGUCCAGGGGUCGGAUUCGAUAAGCACAACUAAGGCUUUCACAAGUCUGGCUAUCAUUACUCUUCUCACUGACCCGGUUGCGAAGCUUCUCAGUGCAAUCCCCAAUAUGUCAGCAAGCUUGGGAUCUUAUGAUCGGAUUCAAAAAUUCCUUACUGCUCCCCCGCGAGAGGAUUAUCGACUAAUCCACGAACCCAAAGACGACAAAUCCACAUACAGCGAUCAACCUCUGAUUUCACACGAUGAUGAUAUCGCGCUAAGAGUGGAGAAUGUUACCUUACGCCCGACUCCAGAUUCUGAUGUCAUCCUUGAAAGCAUCAGUUUUGGGAUAAAGAAGGGUUCGUUCACAAUGAUUCUUGGUCCUGUCGGUGUUGGUAAAAGCACACUUCUCGCAUCGCUCCUCGGUGAAGCCCCGCCUGAGCAUGGAUCCAUUACCAUUAGCACUUCACGGGUGGCCUUCUGCUCUCAAACCCCUUGGCUACCAAACUCUACUAUCAGAGAUGCCAUAUCCAUGCCUAGCGAAAACGUUCUCUUCGAUGAUACGUGGUAUCAAACAGUCUUACGCGCAUGUGCACUUGACGAGGAUCUCAAAUUACUACCCGCAGCCGACCAGACGGAAAUCGGCAGCGGUGGCACAGUGUUGAGCGGAGGACAGAAAGCCCGUGUCGCACUAGCCAGAGCGAUAUACAGUAGAUGUCGAAUAGUUAUUUUGGAUGGGGUGGCGAGCGCCCUCGACGCUAAAACCAAGUCGGAGGUCGGCAAGAGGCUCUUAGGAAAAGACGGUUUACUAAGAAAACUAGGGGCGACAGUCGUGCUGGCUGGUUCAACCGAAUACCUCAACUAUAUCGAUCAAGUAUUGAUCCUUGGUCAGAGUGGUCUCCGAUUCGAUGGAACAUAUGAUUGCGCCUUAGCGGAAGGUCUCAUAGAAUCAGGACAGGAGCGAAAGCAAGACAACUUAGAUGAACCCGAGGCUUCGACUGAAUCGGACAUAGAAGAGAAGGCAGAAGAGGUCUCUAGGGUUGACGAGUUGAACGACUUGAAACGAUCCACGGGCGACUUCACGAUCUACAAAUAUUACUUCGCCUCAAUUGGGAAGUGGAAGCUCUUUGUCUUCGUAUUUUUCGUGAUAUUGAAUGUGUUUUGCUCCACCUUUAGUCAAAUUUGGCUCAAAUGGUGGUCUGAUGCUGGAGGUGGUCAGCUGGGACUGUAUAUCAGCGUCUACCUAGUUCUCGCCAUCCUCACUUCAAUUGGUAAUGGCGGUUAUGUUUGGGCCAUACUAAUCCUAAUAUCCCCUUCCACUGCUCGAAAGCUGCAUUAUACACUUCUGAAGACGGUUAUGCGGGCCCCGCAAUCAUUUUUCUCCUCCACGGAUAGCGGUACAAUACUCAAUCGAUUUAGCCAGGAUAUGACCCUCAUCGAAAGCCAGCUUGCAAUCGGCAUGCUCAUCACGGUCUCUAAUUUCUUCUCCGUUUUAGCUAGCGUAGCUCUUGUUGCUACGGGCUCUUCUUACAUGGCAGCCACCAUCCCCCUCCUCUUCGUCGCUAUCGGAAUCAUUCAACACUUCUAUCUUCGUACCUCCCGUCAGCUACGGCUCCUAGAUCUUGAGGCUAAGAGUCCCUUGUACAGUAAUUUCCUCGAAACGCUAACAGGGCUGGAGACAAUUCGCGCUUUUGGUUGGGAGAAAGCGCAGCAGAAGACCAACAACAGACUUCUGGAUCUGUCGCAGAGGCCGUAUUACCUAUUAUAUUGUAUCCAACAGUGGUUAAACCUAGUGUUAGAUCUCAUUGUUGCAGCCGAGGCAGUAUUAGUGGUAGGCUUAGCACUAGGUUUAAGGAGCAGCACCAGCCCGGGUUUGCUAGGUGUAUCCAUGAACAACGUAUUGAGUUUCAAUUCCCAUCUCGCCUCCCUCGUUACAGGCUGGACACAGCUCGAAACAUCGUUAGGUUCUAUCGCACGUGUUCGGAAUUUCGAGAUGGAGGUUCUACCUGAAGGGAAGGAAGGCGAAGAUCAAGAGCCGCCAUCGAACUGGCCUGAAAGGGGGGCGAUUGAGUUGAGAAAUGUGACCGCGUCUCAUAAUCCUAUCUCAACCGCUCUUCGCGACGUUAGCCUAUCAAUCAAGCCAGGCCAAAAAGUUAGCAUAUGUGGCCGAACCGGCAGCGGCAAGUCAUCUCUAGUCGGCACCCUCCUCCGUCUUCUCGAGCUCGAUUCCGGAACAAUCACGAUAGACGGCUUUGACCUAGCCACCAUUCCACGCGAAACCAUCCGUGCCCGCCUCGUAACUAUUCCUCAAGACCCGCUUAUCCUCGUCGGCACAAUACGCUUCAACAUAAAUCCCCUGUCCACGCAUUCCGACGCCAAUAUAAUCAACGCCCUCGAGCGCGUGGGCUUAUGGUCGAUAUUGCAAGCGCGCGGUGGACUCGACGCCGAAAUCACGAAUUCCUCGCUUUCCAGAGGCCAGCAGCAGCUUUUCGCCCUGGGGCGCGCGCUGCUUCGGGAGGGCAAGGUGCUGCUGCUAGAUGAGCCGACGAGCCACGUCGACCCGGCGACGGACGCGGCGAUCCAGAAGAUCCUCGGAGAAGAGUUUUUCGACUGCACGGUGCUUAUGGUGAGUCAUCGGCUCGACGGCGUCAUGGGGAUGGACGCGGUUGUUGUCAUGGACGAGGGGAGGGUCGUCGAGAUGGGGAAUCCAAUUGAGUUGGCGAAGGCGGGAGGCAGGUUCGCUGCUCUACUCGCUGCGAACGAUUUCGGUGGCCGAUAGAUUUUGCGUAGCUGUCGUCUAUGUAAAAGUAUAAGCGGUGAUCUUUGUAGGCAGCGAUAGAGAUUAAGCGGUGAUCUUUGUAGGCAGCGAUAGAGAU